CAAGCUACUUAUAUAUUAAGACACCGUCGAAGCCAGCAAAUACGCAUUGUAUGGAUAUAUCGACUGCCAUCAAAUCUUUUAACAAUGAAGCUGUCUACUGUUUAUAUUUUACAAUGUAUCUUGGCUAUAAGUGCCAUCAACUACAUCCAAUAUCCCGUAUGUGCUGAAGAUGUCGAAGACUCAAUAGAGGAUAUUGUUGAUGAAAAGAGCGAACAGCCUCCCAUUAGCAUCGAUCUACGAGAUGGAAAGGCUGAAGAAGAGACGGAAAAGCCAGAAGUGGAAGUGACAGAACCCGAAGACUUCGUUAGCCUGUCUGAUGAUGAAAUGACCCAAGCUGCUAAGCAUGGUGAAAGCCAUACUUACCAGGCUGAUUUCGCACGUGUCAUGGAUAUCAUCGUAAAUUCCCUUUACUCAAAUAAAGAUGUAUUCCUUAGGGAGCUCAUUUCCAACUCAGCAGAUGCACUUGAAAAAUACAAAAUCGUGGAAUUGCGUGAAAAUCGGUCGGAGUCCGUCGAUGAGUUAGCUAUUAAGAUCAGAGUUUCGAAGAAUAAACGUACUUUGACGAUUCUAGAUACUGGUGUUGGUAUGACCAAGCACGAACUUAUCAACAACCUUGGAACAAUCGCCAAGUCUGGUACCGCUAAUUUCAUUGAUGCCAUUACCAAAGGUGAAAAUGAUUCUAACCUAAUAGGACAGUUCGGUGUUGGCUUUUACUCUGUUUUCCUAGUAGCAGACAGUGUUGUUGUGCAAAGCAAGCAUUUAGAGGACAAACAGUAUGUGUGGAAAUCGUCAGCUGAUACUAAAUACGAACUGUAUGAAGAUCCCAAGGGAAACACACUUGGAGAACAUGGUACGCAAAUCACUCUCUUCCUUAGAGAGGAUGCUACGGAGUAUUUAGAGAUUGAUAAGAUUGAGGAACUGAUUAAGAAACACAGCCAGUUUGUGAGGUUCCCUAUCUAUGUUCUGAAAGCGGUAAAAGGUGAGCCAGAAGCUAAGUGGCAACAUGUAAAUGAUAUUAAACCAAUAUGGGCUAGGGACAAAUCGGAGAUCACCGAAGAUGAAUACACCGCCUUUUACAAGGCAAUUAGUGGAUCUACCUCGAAACCCUUGGCUCAUAUUCAUUUUGUCGCUGAAGGUGACAUCGAUUUCAGAGCGCUGCUGUACAUCCCAGAAAGACCAAAAAGUGCAUAUUUCGAUAAUGAAGAUGUGGGACACCACGUUAAAAUAUACGCACGAAGGGUGCUGGUAUCUGACAGUCUACCCAACUUUUUGCCACGUUACCUUUAUUCGCUUCACGGUGUUGUUGACAGUGACAAUUUCCCUCUUAAUGUGUCUAGAGAACACUUGCAACAAAGCAAGAUGAUUAAAAUCAUCGCCAAGAAGAUAGUAAGAUCUGUAUUGACAACCUUGGAGAACCUCAUGAAGGAAAGCAUGGAAAACAAGAAACAGCUUCGUGAAGAAUUGGAAAGUGAAACAGAUGAGGAAAAGAAAAAAGAAUUGAAAACAAAGAUAUCAGAGAAAUCAACCUUUGACAAGUUCUACCAGAAUUUCAAGGGUUCGUUGAAGGUUGCCUGCUACGACGAUCCUGCAAACAGGAAGAAGAUAGCCAAAUUAUUGAAAUAUCAGACUUCAAAACACAAAGAUGAAGAAAUUACAUUGGAACAAUAUGUUGCAGAGAUGCAAGAAGGUCAGUUGUUGAUAUACUAUGCCAGUGGAGAGUCAUACGAUGCCAUCCAUAACAGUCCUCAUCUACAGGGAUUCAGAAAACGUGGUAUAGAUGUUCUAUAUCUCACCGACACGAUGGAUGAAUCUUGUGUUACACAGAUGUUUGAAUACGAGGGCAGAUCAUUCAAAUCAGUACAAAAGGGUGAUGUAGAAUUCCAACGUACAGAGGAAGACCUCGAAAAGGACCGUGUCACAAUGAAAAAAUAUGCACCCCUAGUUAAGCUUUUCAAGCAGCACAUCGAUGACAUAUAUGAUGUGAAGCUGUCGCACAGGCUUACCGAUGAUCCUUGCACUGUUGUUGCUGCUGACUGGGGUAUGUCAGCACAUAUGGAAAAGAUUGUUAAAUCUUAUGUUGUCAACAAACAUGAAGGCGAUAUGAAUUCAUACACUUCAGGUUUACGCUCUCGCAUUCUAGAAAUCAAUGCGGAACACCCUAUUAUGCUCGAAAUGCUUAAAAGGGCAAUCAAUGAAGCCGAUGAUUCUAGUUUCAUUGAUUCAAUCAAACUUCUCUACAACGCAGCAAAGUUGGCAGGAGGAUUCACCAUUGAGAAUCCCAGUGUAAUUUCACACAGUGCAUAUGCCUAUUUGUCCGACAAGCUUAAGGUCGAUUCAUCCGUUACUUUAGAAGACAUUCCAUAUACUCCUGAACCAGAAAAGGAGGAUGAUCCUCUUAAGAUGCCUGAAGGUUUGGAAUUAGAAGAAAUUGAUUUAGACAAAGAUGGUAAACCAGCCAACGAUGAGUUGUAAAACUUUUUAGUCAAUUUUUUUUACACAUUAGUCAAUGUGUCG